GCUCCCCAGGCUGCUUUGUUCAGCUGCUAAUUGCUCAGCAUUCACUAAAGCUGAAAACUCAAAGCAAAAUAAACCAUGAGGCUGUCCCUGAGUGUCCUGCUGGUCACUCUGGCUCUUUGCUGCUAUGAGGCCAAUGCGAUCGUAUGUCCAUCCCUUGGAAAGGAAAUGAUUGCCUUCCUCUUUGAACAUGAAGCUUUAUACAAGCCUCACCUGCAGCUUGCAUAUAACCCACCUGAAGCAGCCCUUAAUGCCAAGUUGCAAGUGAAGAGCUGCACAGAUAAGAUACCCAUUGUGCAAAGAAAGCUAAUUGCAGGCGUAUUGGAAAAAAUCCUGGUGAAAUGUGUAUUUUGAAUCUUCUGUACUAGUACUUCUGUCUCCUAAUGGUCACCUGAUCUUCUGGAAAAUGUAAAGGUUUCAACAUCUUCCUUCAAUAAAUCACUCACCCUGCA